GUUGCCUUCGAGCGCGGCUAGCUAGCUGGGCGGAAUAGCAUAGCUCAGCUCAAGGAACAAUGAACGUCGGGCAUUUUCCACUGAUUUCAAGGGAUUAUGUGCCAGGAUUUCCGCAUUCUUACGAACUAUAAUAUUGGAAAAAAUAGACUAUAUUCAUCUAUAAUUACUGAAAAAUAAAAACAAACUUACCUUGCUGAUCGCGUUGAUUAAUGAGCUGAUUGAGCCGGACUAAAGUUAGACUCUGGAGUCUGAUGCGGCGUCUUAAUUUGAAUCUGGAUCAAAGAACGCCACACGAAUUCCCCCGAAACUGCGCGCUAGCUAGCUAGCUAGCUGCAUGCAAAGAAAGCAUGGCAACUGCAGCUGGCGGAUAUCGGAUCGACCAAGCUAGCUAGACUGCAGCUGGAUGCGUACUGCUGAGCUGAGCCAGCUGGAUCUGGAGAACUCGUCUUGGAUAUCAGGAUAAACUAAUGAUGACCUUCUAGUAUGGCUGAUGAUACAACAACUGUCUUUAAAUAUUUUUCAAGGCUUUUUUUAUUCAUUGUAAUAUACAUUGCUUUGAAGACAACAUUUUCACAACUUAGUUCCGAGGAAGAAACUCCUUUUCAAACUUGGUUGAAGGAAAACGAGUUGGUGCAUCUUGAGAAGAUACUGAGGGAUACUGGUUGUGUGAGCCUGGGGGAGGUAGCCCAAUUGGACAUUAACCAGCGGGCCUUGAGGAGACUCAAACCUCGUGACAAAGAACAUCUUGAAGCUGCCAUAGAAGAGUUAAAAGACCAGCUAUUACUCAAGCAGUGGCUAGAGGACUAUUCUUCACUCAGCCUUUUACCAAUACUUGAUGAUCUAGACAUCACGGUAUUCAGUGAACUUGACAAGGUUCUAGAGCUUGAUAUAGAUGCUAUAACCCAGGAGGACAGUGAUCCACUCAAAUCCAUCGCCAUUUACCAAGAACUCAGUCAACUACAGAGGGCGGUAGAGGAGGAGAUGGCCUGGAAUAGUCCGUAUGAAUUGGACUUCUCCCUAGCAAGGCGCAUGUGGAGCGGCAUCUCACAUUUCGUUCAGAGCUUCGGCAACGUCACUCUUGCCACAUUGAUAUGUGCCAUCGGGUUCGCCUGGGUGAAUGGAAACUACCGUACUGCCCAGGCCAGCGGGGCGUCGUCCCGUAGCCGGAACGCCCCCAUCAUUGAUUACAUCACCGGGAGUCUGGUCGACCCAUGCAGGUGCCAGGUGGACUGGGGGUGGGAUGGACCGGUUCCCGUGGGCGAUACUAUGUCUUUCACCAUCAAGUUUUACCAAAGGAACGGCAUGAAGUACGCGAUCUCAGACGCUGACCAGCUGGCCGUUGAGAUACUGGUCGGUCAGCAGCGGAUGGCUUGCUCUGUGGAGUACAAUGAAACAAACUAUAACUGGGUCAAGUGUGCAUUCACAGUGCGUCGGUCAGGACUAUACACCAUCUCCGUCCGUCUGGGUCCAACCCCCAUCAGGGGUAGUCCGUUCUACAAAGAAUUUGUAGCCGGUGAUGUGGAUCCUCAUAAAACAGGUUUUGUCCAGCACAGCUCCACAGUGGUUGUCACACAGGGGCUCCUUCAUGGGCUCCAGGUGGAGCCAAGAGAUCAGUAUGGCAAUACAUGUUCUCCAGAGAGAUGGAACAAGGGGCAUGAUAAUGGAGACGAGAGAUGGCAUGGUUUUGAGCUCAAGGUUACAAGGGUAGGGGACCAAGCCUUCGAUUCUUUCAGUCCGCUCUAUGACAUAGCCCCGGUGAGGGAGAGUCAGUGUAUUUCUAUGAUCAUCAAGCUAGAUCUGGCUGGCUGCUACAAGGCCAUUGCAACAUACCACGGCACCCAGUUCAUGAAUGGGGACUUUAACAUCCUUGUGCUUAACGAAACGGACAUUGCAAAAGUCAGCAAAACCAUGAAGAAGAAGCAUGUAGACAAUUGGUACGAGGCUACGUUGCUGGCCACCAAUAAGGAGAAGUUACGUAAACCAAGGAAGGUCUACUGCUACAUCUCAUCCAAGCAGUUUACCAUCAAAGAAUAUUACCUCAUGGUCAUCCCAAAGAGAUUAUUCACAUUCAGGGUCUGCCCGGCAACUAAGUUUCAUUUUGAAGGAGAGACUGACCAGAGUGUGCCUGUGUUUACUAUAGACGAUGGUGGACAACCUCCCAUUAAACUAGCUUCUAAGCACAGAGACAUCAUGGCCGCUACAUUCACUAAAUUCCUACUCAUGAAUAUAGGUGGAUCGGAGACCUUUCAAGAUAAGCAGAAAUGUUUCUAUUCAGAAGUUCUGAAGCAUCAUAAUAGGAAAGCAUCCGUCAUCAGUCUGAAUAUCGAUAGACACAACCUCCUAGAAAGCUCCAUGAAAGCCACUAAAAGUCUGUCAACAUCAGAAUGGUGUAAAAAGUUUGAGAUUCACUUUAUGAAUGAAGAAGGUCAAGAUUGGGGAGGUCUGAUGAGAGAGUGGAUUAAUCUGCUUUGCGUAUCUCUCUUUGAUCCAGACAACAAACUCUUCAAACGCUUUGAAGAAGACAAUAAUCAAGCCCUGGUCCACCCCAACCCGAACCGCCCAUCCUACCUCGGCAAGUUGAAAUACUAUGAGUUUGCAGGGAAGCUGAUUGGCAAGUGCUUGUACGAGUCAUCGAUUCCCAUGGCUACCUCGUCUCAAAUGGUUGUCAAGGCUAGGUUUACUCGAUCCUUUCUUGCCCAACUCAUUGGUCUCAGAGUCACCCAUAAGUAUUUUGAGACGGAUGAUUCUGAAUUCUUCACCACCAAGGUGAGGUAUAUCCGAGAUAACGAAGUGGAAGACAUGGAACUCAAGUUCUCAGAAGAGGUGUAUGAUUCAAAUGGUCACCUUGAACAGAUUGUAGAGCUGUUACCUGGUGGCUCAAGUCUCCUUGUAACCGAAGACAACAAGAUGCAAUACCUUGAUCUAUUGGCUCAGUACAGACUUUCAACAUCGGUCCAGGAUGAAAUAGAUUCAUUCCUCAAAGGCUUGAACGAUCUGAUUCCGGACAACCUACUUAGUAUGUUUGAUGAGAAUGAGUUAGAACUACUCAUCUGUGGAACAUGUUGCUUUGAUCUGGCUGACCUCAAGGCACACCAUAUCCUGGCUGGGACAGGACCGCAGUUCAGAAAGAUGAUAGAUUGGUUCUGGAUCGUGAUAGCUAGCUUCACCCAAGAAGAGAUGUCAAGGUUGCUCCAGUUUACCACAGGUUGCUCUCAGCUGCCCCCGGGGGGAUUCGCUGAACUCAAGCCUAAGUUUCAGCUGGUAGCUGCCCCGACCCAUGGUGUCCUCCCAACAGCUCAUACAUGUUUUAACCAGCUGUGCUUGCCUACUUACGACUCCAUUGAACAUCUCCAGAAGUCUCUUGUAUUGGCCAUCACUGAAGGGGUCGUGGGUUUCGGAAUGGCAUAGCUGACAGGUCAAAGGUCAACCUGCAUGCAGUGCAAUGAUGGGAGGGAAACGCAGUUAAGUGCAAUCAUGUAAAGUAUACUUAUGAAUAUAAUAUAUAUCCAAAUGAAUUUGGCUGAUUUUAUUUGACUUAUCUAUAAUUUUUCUAAACCAUAGAUUUAAAAAACAAAGUUUAGUUACAUUAAAAAAUACCCAAGUCUUGUUAUCACAAAGGUUAGUGAUUAAACGUUUGCGUAUUUUUCAUGAUGAGUUGAACAUUGUGGUCAAUGCAAUUAAUCGUUAGGAAAUGUUCUAUGAUGAUUGUUAAACUUUGUGUUUCCGCCCUCAGGGGGUGUUUCAUAAAGAGUUAAGCGUGACUCACAGUCAUUCCUAAAUGCUGAUGCACACAUGAUAUGGGUCAUUUCGUGGGGUUGGGGCAACAAAAUCGUGUGAUGUCCAUGUAACGGUGGUAUCGGCUUUUUCAUUUCACAGAGAGGAUCCGUUCAAAUGGGCUUAAGUUUUGAUGCGUCAACUUAAAGAUGAUGUCCAAUCAUAGUAAUUCAGUUGCAAGUUGGGAUCUUUAAUGGAUUCGCUGCAAAACUAUUACAAAGUUUUACCACCGUUACAUGGACACCACAUUGGCAUAACGUUGGCAAUGGAUUCUCAGGUGUGAAUCCGCAAUACAUCAUGAUGUGUGAGAAGUAAAACUUGGUGAGACAGCAUUUAUUUUUGCUGGUAAUUUUAUGCAUACAUUUGCCUUUUUGACAUGAGACAUGGUUUUGGAGUUCUGGUAUGUCACAAAAAUUGUCCUAGCCAGAGAUAUACACCACCUGCAUCUUGCAAACAUAAAAAAAAAGCUGCACUAAGUUUUGUUAAAUCAAGAAAUAAUUUAUUUUUAUGCUUCCACCCACCAUAGGUGGUUGCCGAGGGCAUUAUGUGUUCGUGUUGUUCAUCCAUCCCGUUUUAAUAAGGCUUGAGAAUCCUCAAAAUUUGUUUUAGGAAAUCCACUGUUUUAGGGACUUGUUGACCUUGCUUUUAAAUACUUAUCAGAUACGCGUCGGCAUUUAAGUGCGACUCUAAGUCAUAUUUGAAUCUUUGUGAAACACCCCCCAGAUACCAAAGGCACUGUGCUAUCCACAUGAAGACCUGAGAGAAUUAUUAGUAUGCCUUCAAUGUAAAGAGAACACAGUGUUGUCACCUGCUCCUUAACCCUAAUUCUCCCGGGGGGGGGGGGGGGGGGGCCAUUAUGGCCUCCCUUGACAAUUUUCGCGAUAUAUAUGCUGUGCAAAAUUUUUUGACCUCGCCGCUCACUGACUUUUUACUUUCAAGUCUCGCGCAAAUUUUGAGACCAAAUUUGUGACGCCCGGGUACGCGGUUACGACAUUACGCAACAUUGUGUAAGUGCAUGUCAGACCCAAAAUUGCUCAUAAACGUGAUUUCAUGUACAAAUCCAAUGCAAAUUGUGUAUUUAGCCAAAAUUCAUAAAUGUAUCAUUAUUUCUACUUUUACUGAUUAAACUUAAUUAAUUUUGCCUUGUUUAUGAUUAGAAUUAAGUCUGGAACGAUUUCCAUCGAAAAAACAAUAAAAAAACAAAAAGUAAAAAAACAAAGAAAUACAUAAGAAAUUUAAAAUACAUAAGAAAUCGGUCUUGGUACCAUAAUUGUUUUCAUUCACAAUUGUUAGGAAUGCUAUAAAGAAUAUUUUCACCAAAAAAUAGCAUUCUAGGCGCUUUAUUUAGUGAAUCAGAGCAAAAAGUAUGAUUUCAUGAAUAAAUUAGCAUAAUUAAUUCAUAUUAAAUAAAAAUAUAUGAAUUCAGUGAAAUUUACCAAUGAAACUGCGUAGAUUACGUCAUUCUCUACCAUCAUGCAAAUUUUGUUGUGAUCGCGCAAUCCGCGGCUGAGAUCUUAAGGGGGGGCCAUAAUGGGCCCCCCCCCCCCCGGGAAUGACAAGAAUAAAAAUACCCCGGGAGAUUUAGGGUUAAAUCAAGUUGCUUGUUGCAGUAAGAAAUGGAUUUAGAGAUACCAAGCCAUGCUGUGAGUCACAGCUUAAUGUCAGUUCUUACAGACAGGGUUGGGCUAAAUUACUUUCUUCAAUUACAAUUAGGUAAUUGAAGAAAUGUUCAAUUACAAUUACUUUUCAAUCAAAUUACAUUUUCUUCAAUUACAAUUACCAAAUUACUUUAAUUGUCAAUUACAAUUUCAAUUUCUUUCUAUAAAAGUCAUAAAUGAAAUCACUUUGUAAUCUGUAUUCUACCAGCACCACCUAUGUAUAUCAACAUAAUUCUAAGUUACAGAGAAACUGACAAGAUGGUUUACGUUAGAGAGCAUGGAUCCUGCCUAUUACACUCUUUGAUGCUGAAGCAGUUGACAUGAAAAAGGUCAUGAAAUCAAAUCAUAAACAAAGUAAUUCUAUUGUAAAGUAAUUGAAUGUAAUUAAAAGUAUUUGACAGUCAUUCAAGUCAAUUACAUUUUUUCAAUUACAAUUACAAUUACUUUCCCUUUCAACAUUUCAAAUACAAUUACAAUUACAAAAAAAUGAUUAAUUAAUUACGUAAUUCAUUAAUUACCUUGUAAUUGAGCCCAACCCUGCUUACAGGUAAAUAAUGAUAUCAGUUUUAGACACCUAUGUAAAAACAUGCAUUCUCUCUUAAGAAACCGAAUAUUUGUCCUCAGAUAUCUUGUUCAGUAAACUAUUGUACAACGCCUACUUAGCUUGUUGUACGCGAGCAAAUGGGAGGCUGAAUGUCAAACAUUCGUACCGUUGCACAAAAGACGUACCAUCCAAAAUGUACCGUCCAAAAUGUACCGUUGCACGGCUUUAGGAGGUGACGUCACAAUACGAUUCAAUUCAUUGCGCUCAGUAAAAAUGCAGGUGCAAUACGGGUAUAGCCUGCUGGCUAAAUGCGCAAUGCUGCCCGAGAGGUGUUCGCUUGUGGGAUUUUGCUUUUCGCUUUCCAUAUUUUUGCUCCCUUUUCAUAGAUUACUGCAGGAAAAACUCUUUGUUUUUUCAUAAAUUCGCUAAACUCUGAGGCGUUGUACAACACAAAUAGCGAAUAUUCUUAUUCGUGCAAUGGUGCGAGAUUUCGCAUUCGGUGAAAGAAAGAAACACUCUAUUCAACUCGGCUAACGCCUCGUUGAAUAGAGCAUCUUUCUUUCACCUCAUGCGAAAUCUCGCACCAUCGCACUCAUGCCUAUUCGCUAUUUGUAUAUUAAUAUCUGUUUAAAUUUUGUUAUUUUCAUUGACUUUAAUUCAGGUUUAUUUGAUAUAAAAUUUUUCAUUGCUAUGCGCCAUCGAUAUAUAUUUGCCUAUGCAACUUUUACGAGCAGGAUCAAGCUGUAUAUGCACGCUUUAUACCCGUCUGAUGUUUGUUUUUAUUUUUUGUGGUGGCUGAAAUUAUUUUUGUUUAUUCACGGUUUAACAUAUUUUAUGUUUAUCCUGCUUGGUGAUAUAGAAUGCUGUCGUAUGGAUACAAAGCAGGAUCAGCAUACGCUGUUUUUAUUUGUGACGACAUUCUAUGUGAGUGGUCAUAAUGAAUAAGAAUAUGUGAAAGGCUUCAGCUCUUUAUAGGUAGUAAACAUAAAUAUAUUCAACUUACCAUUUUUUAAUGAAUGAAAGAACAACACAGUCUUACUAGAUUAUGUUUGUAUUGAAUGAAGAAGAAGAAUAAAUAGGAGAUGAAGAAGACAAGGAGGAGGAAGAAAAUGAAGGAGAAGAAAAAGAAGAAGAAGAAGAGAAGAAAAGAAGAGGAAGAAGGAGGAAGAGGAUGAAGAAGGAGGAGAAGAAGAAAAAGACGGAGGAGGCGUGUAAAUCUUUCACAAAGAUAAAUGUCAGAAUGACAAUUAUUAUGUUUUACAUUGUUGGAAGAAGAAGGAG